UUUGUGUUCGUGUACUUCAACCGCUCUCCUGAGGAUUCGACGGGUCGCAACACGCAAACAGCGGCGGCUCAUUCGGGCGCCGGGGGCGAAAUGGCCGUCGCCCAACGGGGCGCAGUGGCCCUAGUGGUGGGCGAGCCUAGGAAGACUCCAACGGCGAGCCGUCAUCAGACUGGGGGUGCAGGUGGGGGUGGGCUUGGAGUAGCCCUCCAUAUGGCCGAAGGUGGCACGAGAUGUACCUCAGGAGCAGGAGCAGGAGCAGGUGCUAAAGUGGCCAGGAAGCCAGCGACAGCGACGACGAUCUCUAGAGUGAGGAUGUACGAUGAUGAUGGUGGUGGUGCUGAUGCAGCUGCGGGACAACGUUUCAACCCCGUCAAUUGA